CCACGUCCCACGCCGAGCUCACACGCGCGAGCACCGCCCGCACACGGCGGCGCACCGGGCGGGAAUCGGAGCGGAGCGUGUCCAUCUCGAGUCUCCUCCUCCUCCUCCUCCCUCUUUCUCAGUUCCUCUCCUUCACCCCCUCAACUCAGCACAGCUCUUGAGAAGAGUUUCUUCGUGGGGGCAUUUUCCAUCCGUCUUCGUCCUCGAGAUGGGUAUAAAGGGUUUAACGAAGCUGCUCGCUGACAACGCUCCCAAGGCCAUGAAGGAGCAGAAGUUCGAGAGCUACUUCGGCCGCAAGAUCGCCAUCGAUGCCAGCAUGAGCAUCUACCAGUUCCUUAUUGUUGUGGGUCGGAGUGGUACCGAGAUGCUCACGAAUGAGGCUGGCGAGGUCACGAGCCACUUGCAAGGCAUGUUCAAUCGGACAAUUAGGCUCUUGGAAGCUGGAAUAAAGCCAGUCUAUGUUUUCGAUGGGAAACCUCCAGACCUGAAGAAGCAAGAGCUUGCAAAACGCUAUUCAAAGAGGGCAGAUGCCACAGAGGACUUGGAAGAAAUCAAGGAGAUUGGAAGUAAAGAAGACAUUGAGAAAUUCAGUAAGCGAACAGUGAAGGUUACAAAGCAGCACAAUGAAGAUUGCAAAAGACUCUUAAGACUCAUGGGAGUCCCUGUUAUUGAGGCUCCGUCUGAAGCGGAGGCUGAGUGUGCGGCGCUUUGCAAAUCAGGAAAGGUGUAUGCUGUGGCUUCUGAAGACAUGGACUCCCUCACCUUUGGAGCUCCAAGAUUUCUCCGUCACUUGAUGGAUCCCAGUUCAAGAAAAAUUCCAGUCAUGGAAUUUGAAGUUGCAAAGAUUUUGGAGGAGCUAAAUCUGAACAUGGAUCAAUUCAUUGAUGUGUGCAUCCUAUCUGGAUGUGAUUAUUGUGAGAGUAUUCGAGGCAUUGGGGGUCAGACUGCUUUGAAGCUCAUCCGUCAACAUGGCUCAAUAGAAAAUAUACUGGAGAACAUAAACAAAGAAAAGUAUCAAAUACCAGAUGACUGGCCAUAUAAAGAAGCACGGAAACUUUUUAAAGAGCCCUUGGUGUUUGUGGAAAAUGAGGAACCUGAACUCAAGUGGAAUGCUCCUGAUGACGAGGGGCUAAUUUCUUUUUUGGUAAACGAGAAUGGAUUCAACAGCGACAGGGUAACAAAGGCCACAGAGAAGAUUAAGGCUGCCAAGAACAAGUCAUCACAAGGACGUUUAGAAUCCUUUUUCAAGCCAGUUGUCAACAUAUCUGCACCAAUUAAAAGGAAGGAAAUGCCUGAGGCUCUAAAAGAAAGUGCCAAAAAGACUAAGGCUGCUGGUGGUAAGAAGAGGAAAUAGACAGCUCAGCGUACCCACUUUUGCAGACUAACCAACUAACUAACAAGUUUGCUUGAGGAUGUUGUUCAAUGCUCUAGUUUGGCGUGCCUUUCCGUGCUAUGCAAGAACCACAAGUAUGUAACGUUUUAGGUGGAAGUGGGUUUUUGCAUCCUGCAAAAUUUAAUCUGCCAAAUCUAUGUACACUAUGUCUUGUUUCAGUGAGAAAUCUCGUUCCUAAAGUU